AUGGAGUUCACGUUGCUUUGCAACCUCGGCGGCCCUCACAAUGCUAGCGUUUCUUUACGUCUUCGGUUGCUGCAUGUGUGGGCGUCGAAGUCUCUGGGGGAUAUUAGGAUUUACAAUUACUGUACUCUUUGGACCGAUGAAACGGGGACGCUGAUUCACGGUGUUUCGCCGACUUCAAUGGCUGCUGGGAUCCGUCGUAACCUUUCUGUUGGGAAGAUUUAUGUUGUAAAGUCCUUUGGUUUGAGCAACCCGCCGAAUCAGUAUCGCCCAUGUUCCUUUGAUUUGGCUUUGGGUCUCUCGCCCUCGACUUCCUUUCAGGCCUGUAGUCUUCCUGCUGAGAGUUUUCCGGUUGAUGCGUAUGAGUUUGUGUCUUUCUCCCAGUUGAGUUUGCGUGCUGGUAAUCACCGUUUCUUGACAGAUGUCGUUGGCCGACUCCAUUCGAUCAGUGGGAUAUCGCAUAAAAUCACUAAUAAUGGUCCUGCAGUCAAGCAGACGGUUAUUAUCGAGGAUGAAAGGUUCUCUCGCUUUUCUACGAUUACUAUUACACUCUGGGAUGAGUUUUCUGCGGUGUUGGACCAUGUUGCACUUACUCAGGCUGACUCGAUUGAGGCUGUGAUUCUCGCUUUCGGUGGUUUGCUGGUUAAUAAGUUGGGAGAUGAUUAUAUUCUCUCGAGCUCCGCUGGUACACGCAUAGCAGUCAACCCUUCUGUACCAAAGGCUUACUAUCUUGCAUCUAGGUUUGCUGAAAAGCACGAAGUUGUUGAGUCCUUGCUAGUGGAAUUUGCCUCUGUUGCUGAUGCUGCUGCUGAUGCAGACCGGCGUACCAAGAGCCUGGACCAGUUGCUGAGCUUGUCUCGAACGAAUUCCUCUCUGGAAGAGAAGUAUCGUUGUGGUGGAGUGAUCGUUGAUAUCGAGUCUGGUGCUCCUUGGUAUUACAUUUUGUGCAAGCUAUGCUCGCGAGCAGUUUCAAAGCGUCGAGACAAUACGUUUUGGUGUCCAAAAGACUGGCCGCUAGAAGAGGAGCAAACUCGGGUCAAUUAUGAGCUCCAACUUACUUUGAGGGAUGACUCUUGCGAGGCUCGGUUCAUUCUGAUGGGUGGCUGUGCCCAUUUGUUGGUUGUCCCGCUUGAUGAUCCUACGGUGGUUGGCGAUUUGCUCGAGUUUUCUUCGCAAUCACCAUUACGUGGUUCUGUUGCUGCUGUUCCGACUUUGACCAUGGGUGCAGCAAGUGUCGCGGGUGGUUCUUCGGGUUCAUCUAGGGUUUCCAAGGGAAAGGAAAAGGUUUUAGGUCCUCUACUCACUGAGGUUUCAGCAGCUCCGUUUAGCAUCACUGAAGGGCCAGAUGAGGCUGACAGUCCGAUAGCCGAGAAUUUACAUAUUCCUUCUCCUGCAAGUAUCGAAAGCAAGGGUAUUGUUGCCGGCCCCAGGAGUCUCGGGGGAUCUCAUCCUUCGGGGAUUAGUGUACAGGCUGGCUCUAGCCCAGCUGUUGUGCCUGUACCCAUUUCUUCUUUGGCCCAGUCCUCUACACCAUCUGGCAGGUCUACUUUUUCGCCGAUUGCCAAGCGUACAUCUGGAAUCGAUGAGUCUGCCAGCCCUGAGGAUGUUAGUCGUGGUCCGUUGAUACCUGCUGCAAAGAUUCUGAAGCCAUCCCCUGAGUCAUCUCCUGGGAAGACCUCUGGUUUAGCCUCUGGCUCUUCGCCUGCGUCAUUGUUGGUUUCUCCACUCGCCAAGAUAAAGGUGGAGAAGUUAGGCAAUGCUGAGGCUCCUCCUCUACCACACGGCGGUUCCUCACAGGCAGGUGCUGAGAUGGAAGAGGAUUCCCCAGUUGACAGUCAGAAGAACCCAGCUGCGAAACGUCCUCUGUUCAAGAGUAAUGCCUCCCAAGAAAAGAAAGACUCAGUAUCAAACUCUGGCACAAUCUUCAAGGCCAAGGAAAUCGCGCUACAAGACUUUGAAACAGUUGGCCUCUAA